AUGGACUAUGGUGCCUCCGACAGCACUGGUACUGAUGAUGAUCUUCCUCCAUCUCCUCAAUACAGAAUUCCAAGAAGGGGUCAAUUUGCUGGAAUUGAAAGAUCUGCUGUAGGUUCUAUCUCAUUUGCUAGGAGGUGUACUGACAUGGAGGCCCAAAUUCAUUACCUAGAGCAAGAAGCAUACUGUGCAGUCCUGCGUGCUUUUAAAGCUCAGUCUGAUGCGAUUACUUGGGAAAAGGAAAGUUUGAUUACAGAACUUAGGAAAGAACUGAGAGUAUCAGAUGAUGAACACAGAGAGCUUCUUGGAAGGGUUAACUCUGAUGAUAUCAUCAGUAAGAUAAGAGAGUGGAGAACGACAGGGGGGCCUCAAGCUGCGAGGUUCGGUGCAUCACAACCUGUUUAUGAUCUUGUAUCCAGUCCUACUGUUUCAGCAUCCCGAAAGAAACAGAAAACAUCCCAAUCGGGGCAGGCUUUCCCUGGUUUGUCCUCGAUGAAGUCUAUGCAGUACCAUUCUACAGUACCUUCUUUGAGUCGGCAGCUCACUAGCCGCAGUUCUACUGGUCCCCUUGCAAUAUCUGAACCUGCUGAAGCAUCAAGAUAUGAUUUAAUCGGAAAGACAGUGUGGAUGAGAUGGCCUGCAGACAACAGCUUCUAUGAGGCCCAUAUAACAGAUUACAACCCUAAUGAUGGUCGACAUGCUUUGAUCUAUGAUAAAAAUACAGCAAAUGAGACAUUUGAAUGGGUAGAUUUCAAAGAGAUAUCUCGUGAGGAUAUCCGUUGGGAAGGUGAGGAACUGGGGCUCUCUCAUCAAGGGAACCAUGGCAGCGGACAAGGACGUAGGGUAAAGAAAUCAACAAAUCAUGGUGGUCCAGUUACUGGGAGAGGUCGAGGACAUAUAAAGCCUCAAUCAAAGAAACAACUUCUUCCUUCACAAAAUGGCCUAGCAAACAAGUUGCCAGAUGAUCUAGAAUUAGUGAAUACUGAUUCUCUGGUAAAGGAGGUCGAGAGAGUUUUCAAUGCAAGUAAUCCAGAUCCCUUUGAGCUUGAAAAAGCAAGGAAAAUGCUGAAAGAUCACGAACAAGCACUUGUUGAUGCCAUUGAAAGGCUUGCAUACGCAUCGGAUGGUGAAAGUGUUUUGAAGUAUUUGGAGAAUGGGACAUUUUCUAGGCAACUCUCGCAAGACCAUGAAGACUCAGAACUAUAAUGGGACCAUGAACAAAUAGGGAUUUUAAACCAUAAUACAUUUGCUGAAAAAGAUGAAUGUAACUGUCAUUGUUUCUGAUCACUUGUAUUGCAGUCUUGGAUGAAUUGAGCAUUCCACAUUUGACAGUAAUUUCUUUGUAUUAGAGUCAACAAUAUUUCCUUCAUCUCCUCUGAUAUAAUUUACUUACAAGGAUCCAUCCAAUGUUCGGAAAAGUCCCUUCAUUUGCCUAGCCAAAAGACCAAUUUUAAAUUUGACUGGAAUUUCUUGUAUUAAUCUUUUCUACUUGGUACUUAUUUUUCUUUUUUCUUUUUAAUGCUUCCCCACAGAUGGAGAGCGUGGAGAGCAUGCAUAUAUGCAUGGUUGAUCAAUGGAUGGAUGAAAAUGGUGUAACAUGCACUGUGGUUGAAAAGCUUGAAUGGCCAGAAAGAUUGGGUUGGAAAGGAGGCACCAAAAGGGUGAUGAUGUUGGUGACGCAGUAGUUUUAAUUUGAUCAGAUUAGUAGAUUUUU